AUGCCCUUUUGCCACAAUAUAAUUAAUAUUUCCUGUGUGAAAAACAACUGGUCAAAUGAUGUCCGUGCUUCCCUGUACAGUUUAAUGGCGCUCAUAAUUCUGACCACAUUGGUCGGCAAUCUGAUAGUUAUUGUUUCUAUAUCACACUUCAAGCAACUUCAUACUCCGACAAAUUGGCUCAUUCAUUCCAUGGCCACUGUGGACUUUCUUCUGGGGUGUCUGGUCAUGCCUUACAGCAUGGUGAGAUCUGCUGAGCACUGUUGGUAUUUUGGAGAAGUCUUCUGUAAAAUCCACACCAGCACCGACAUUAUGCUGAGCUCAGCCUCCAUUUUCCAUCUGUCUUUCAUCUCCAUUGACCGCUACUAUGCUGUGUGUGACCCAUUGAGAUAUAAAGCCAAGAUCAAUAUCUUGGUUGUUUGUGUGAUGAUCUUCAUUAGUUGGAGUGUCCCUGCUGUUUUUGCAUUUGGGAUGAUCUUUCUGGAGCUAAACUUCAAAGGCGCUGAAGAGAUAUAUUACAAACAUGUUCACUGCAGAGGAGGUUGCUCUGUGUUCUUUAGCAAAAUAUCUGGGGUACUGGCCUUUAUGACUUCUUUUUACAUACCUGGAUCUAUUAUGUUAUGUAUCUAUUACAGAAUAUAUCUUAUAGCUAAAGAGCAGGCAAGAUCAAUUAAUGAUGCCAAUCAGAAGCUCCAAAUUGGAUUGGAAAUGAAAAAUGGAAUUUCACAAAGCAAAGAAAGGAAAGCUGUGAAGACAUUGGGGAUUGUGAUGGGAGUUUUCCUAAUAUGCUGGUGCCCUUUCUUUGUCUGUACAGUCAUCGACCCUUUUCUUCACUACACUAUUCCACCUACUUUGAACGAUGUAUUGAUUUGGUUUGGCUACUUGAACUCUACAUUUAAUCCAAUGGUUUAUGCAUUUUUCUAUCCCUGGUUUAGAAAAGCACUGAAGAUGAUUCUGUUUGGUAAAAUUUUCCAAAAGGAUUCAUCCAGGUGUAAAUUAUUUUUGGAAUCGAGUUCAUAG